AUGUGUGUGGAGAGCGAUGGAUGCGAGAUUGAAGGCUGCAGCAGUUCGGACGAGGUGCGCACGCUGUCUGGCAGCAUGAGUCCGGCUCUCACACCCAGCCCGGACCUGCACCCGUGCAAACCGGGACACAAAUUCCGCGCUGCGCUCCUCCGCUGCCGCUCACCAGCUGCGGCCGCCGGGAUCCUUACCUUUGGGAACAUCCUCAAUUAUAUGGACAGAUACACUGUAGCCGGCGUGGUGCAAGACAUCCAGAAGCACUUUGACCAGACAGACAGUGGGGUUGGCCUGCUUCAAACAGUUUUUAUCUGCAGCUUCAUGGUGGCGGCUCCCAUCUUCGGUUACCUAGGCGACCGCUUCAACAGAAAGGUCAUCCUUAGCUGCGGCAUUUUCUUCUGGUCCAUUGUUACUCUGCUGAGCUCGUUCAUCAGCAAAGAGCACUACUGGUUGUUCGUGCUGUCCAGAGGACUGGUGGGCAUCGGUGAGUCCAGCUAUUCCUCCAUCUCACCCACCAUCAUCGGAGACCUGUUCACUAACAACAGUCGCACCAUGAUGCUGUCUGUCUUCUACUUGGCCAUUCCUCUCGGGAGCGGACUCGGCUACAUCCUGGGCUCGAGUGCAAAAGUGGCAGCGGGAGACUGGCACUGGGCGCUGCGGGUGUCUCCAGUGUUGGGGCUCACUGCCGGAACACUGAUCCUUGUCUUUGUGCCGGAGCCCAAACGGGGGAGUGCAGACCAGAUCGGGGGCCGCUACAGGACCUCCUGGUGCUGUGACAUGAAGGCGCUGGCUAAGAACCGGAGCUAUGUGUUUUCAUCACUUGCGUCGGCGGCAGUGUCCUUCGCCACAGGUGCUUUUGGGAUGUGGAUUCCAUUGUACCUGACCAGAGCCCAGGAGGUUCAAAAGACCGCUGUGCCGUGUGGAAAGAACCAGAUCUGCAACAGCACAGACAGUAUGAUCUUCGGGGGCAUCACCUGCGUCACAGGGCUGCUGGGCGUGGUCAUCGGCGCCGCCACCACUCGUCUGUGUCGUCAGAAGACCGAGCGGGCCGACCCCCUGGUGUGCGCCGUCAGCAUGCUGGGGUCGGCCAUCUUCAUCUGCCUCAUCUUCGUCGUGGCCAAAAAGAGCAUCAUCGGAGCUUACGUUUGCAUCUUCAUUGGAGAAACUCUUCUAUUUCUGAACUGGGCCAUCACAGCUGACAUUUUAAUGUUCGUAGUCAUCCCGACACGACGAGCGACAGCAGUGGCCUUCCAAGGCUUCACUUCUCAUCUUCUGGGAGACGCAGGGAGCCCAUAUCUCAUCGGACUGAUUUCCGAUAGCCUUCAGAAAAGCUAUGCUACGUCAACCCUGUGGAAGUUCCUGAGUCUGGGAUAUGCCCUGAUGCUCUGUCCCUUCAUCAUUGUCCUGGGGGGCAUGUUCUUCCUGGCCACAGCGCUGUUUUUCUUGGAUGACAGGGAGAAAGCCGACAGACAUUUGGCUCAGCUCACACCACGGUCGUCCUCUGUCAAGGUGGGACAAAUCUGA